AUAUGCCUGUGCUGUGGGGAUGUUAACAGGCUGAUGAUGAUGCCUUUUUCAAAACGUAACGUCGCAGCACAAAUACUCGAGACGGAAUCAUUUAAAUUAUUUUUCUAUGUGUAAUUAGAUGAAUACUAUAAACAGGAUAAGUUUAAAUAAUAUAAUGAAUGAAUUAAAAGAAAGUAAUUAAAAUGAAAUGGAUUUUGGUAGUCUCCAUAGUUUAUAUAUAUAUAAUAUUACUAAUAUUAUAUUAUAUUAUUAUAAUGUUACUAAUAUUAUUUGAGUCUUACUUUGAUUUGAAAUUUUGAAAUAUUUGUAAUAGUUCAAGGAAGGUCUAAAAGGUGAGAUUGUAACGUGUGGUAUAGUCAUAAGUACAUAGAGUAAAGACUGUGAUUGUGGUCUAUGGCCUAAUGCCAUCUUGCGAAUUAUGAUUUAUGUGUAUAGGUUGCGUCAUGUAUCGGUAUAAUAAGAAUUGUUAAUACUUUUAUGUAUCAAGUAAAGAAAUAUAAGAACUAUUAUUUUGUUAUCAUUCACGACGACUUCUACAUGGUGUCAGGUGUCGAAACAAAGUUAAAGCAAGUUCCGAAAUGGCGCAAACCACGUUGGUAAGAUUACCAGAACAAGUUAAUCUGCAAUAUCCUAAUCUAGCAAUAGAAUGGAAAAGAUUUCGUCAAGAGUUCGAAAUAUAUUUACAAGCAGCCAGUAUUAAAAAAGAAGACAAUGAUAAACAACGAUUGCAUUGUUAUUAAACUUGAUGGGUCGCGAGUGCUUGGAUAUAUAUAACAGCUUCACAUUGUCAAAGGACAACAAGUUAAAAGACAUCGUAGAAAAAUUCGAACAAUAUUUUUCGCCGAAAUCCAACGUUAUAUUUGAAAGAUUUCAAUUUAACCAGAUAAUUCAAAAAAAUGGACAAAGCUUCGAAGCAUUCCUUAAAGAGUUAAAAAUUAAAGCAAAAACUUGUGAUUACCAUAACACUGAUGAGAUGAUAAGAGAUCGGAUUGUAAUGGGUAUAAAUUGUCGAAAACUGCAAGAACGACUACUCCGUGAUUCCAAUUUAACAUUGGAAAUGGCUGUUCAGUUAUAUAAAAUGGCAGAAUCCACUGCUAUCCAGCUGCAACAGAUGACUAUAGAUCAUCAAACUAUGGGCAUGGUUCAGAAGAAACCUGUUAUGAUUGACUGCUUUCGAUGUGGUUCAAAACAUAUUUCCAAUAAAUGCCCUGCUUAUGGCAAGAAGUGUAGCAAAUGUAACAAAAAUAAUCAUUUUGCUAAGAUGUGCAAGACUCGAACACAUGUCAUCAAUAGACAUAUUAAUGAAGUAACACAAGAUGAUAGGGAACAAGAUAAUGCCAGUGAACGUUUGUAUAUCUAUACCAUAAGUCAUAAUAAGAAACACUGGAUUAAAACUAUUGAAGUAGGCACAGAGAAACUUACAAUUGAUUUUAAAAUUGAUACUGGUGCAGAAUCAUGUAUAUUGCCGUUAAGUAUUUUUAAGAAAAUAAAUUCACCACUUCAGAGUACAAAUACUAUCUUAGUUGCCUAUGGUGGACAAGAAAUUAAACCAUUGGGCAUGGUCAAACUUCCAUGUACAUUGGAUUAUAAAACUCAUCUGAUUGAGUUUUUUGUAGUUGAUUUUAGAGCUACACCACUUUUAGGAUUUGAUGCCAUUGUAAAGAUGGGUAUUAUACAGAAUAUUGAUACAGUAACCACUGAAAUAUUCAAAAGCAAGGAUGAUGUUUGCAAAAAAUACAAAAAUUUGUUUGAAGGACUCGGUGAAUAUCCAAAAACCUACACUAUUAAGGUAUGUGACAAUGUUAUCCCUACAAUACAACCCCCCAGAACUGUGCCAAUUGCAAUUCAUGAUAAACUUAAAGAUAAAUGAGAUGCCAUGGAAAAACAAGGAAUU